AUGGCCGCGCUCUCCGCCGUCGCGCUCCAGGCCGCGCUCUCCGGCAGCCUCCGCCUCCUCAAGCUGGUUGCGAGCAAGAUGAACCUUCGUGAAGCUAAGGACGACGACGGGUGGAACGCGCUCCACCUGGCCGCGGAGAUGGGCCAUCUGCAUGUCUGCAGGUUUCUGGUGGAGGAAUCGGGCUUCGAUGUCAACUCCACCUGCGCUGAAGGUAGGACGCCGAUCCACUGCGCUGCGGCUGGGGGCAGCGAGAGCGUCUUGAGGUACCUUCUGGACCGCGGGGGCGACCCAGCGAUGCCUGACUUCGUGGGCUCAACGCCACUGCAUGAUGCGGCGGAGGAAGGGCACUGCGCGGCUGUGAGGAUGCUGCUGUCCAAGGGUGUUGAUGUCGAUAUACACGGUUGUUGUGGGACGCCGCUGCACUUGGCCUGCUCCAACGACCGGGAUCAGGUUGUCAAGAUCCUGCUGGAACAUGGCGCGGAUCCCAGCAAGGUUGUCGGGCAUGUCCUCCCACCACUCACGAUGGCAUACUGUGGGGGUUCUUUGAGAUGCAUGAAGCUACUGAUUGAGGCUGGUGCAGAUGUGAACUUGAUUGCUCCCUCUGGAGUAAUUUUGGCUCAAGCAGUUUGUGAUGGCAGAACUGACAUUGUCAAGUUCUUGCUAGAGGCUGGAGCUGAUCCUAACAUUCCUGAUGAGGAUGGGAGAAUCCCGAUCAUGUACCCAGCAGUUAAUGGGAAUCGGGAGCUUGUUGAAAUUCUGUUUCCUAAGACAAGACCAGUUCCAUCUUUGCCAGACUGGAGCGUUGAUGGGAUUAUUAGAAGUAUAGAAUAUCCUUUUUUCAAGCCUCAGGAUGCAGCUGUGGUGGAAAAAAAGAUAGCUGAUGCCAAGUCACAAGGAAAGGAAGCUUUCGCAAAGGGAGAGUACCUUGCGGCAGAAUACUUCUAUACCAUGGUACUAGAGAACGACCUUGAUGCUACCGCGUUUGCCAACCGGAGCCUAUGCUGGUUGCGGAUGAGGGAUGGGGCCAAAGCUCUGUUAGAUGCCCGACAGUGCAAAAUGAUACGACCUCGUUGGUCGAAGGCAUGGUAUCGUGAGGGCGCAGCUCUCAGCUUGCUGAAGGACUACAAAGGGGCAGCCAAUUCAUUCAUGGAAGCAUUGAAACUUGACCCUGCAAGUGAUGAGAUCAAGAGAGCCUUAAGGGAGGCCACCGAUGCUCUGGCGAACGUUGGCUGCUCUGGAGAACAGAACCCAUGAGCUGAGACAUACAUGUGCUUCAUCUCACGUUAAGAAUUCUACUAAGGGGCUUAUCAUAGACUCAUACUGCAUAUUGAUAUAUAUAUAGCCUUGACGCACUGCUGGAAAUACUAGUUUGGAUCUGAGCUUGUAUGUUUUGCUCCGUUGGGAGAAGCCUAAGAUACCUGUGGCAACCAAGUGAGGUUGGGCAGUAACAUAUCGACGACGAACGUGUGUUGAACAAGUAAUAUACAGUAUGUAUUUUGAUGCCUAAGUGCACUUAUUGUUCCUACUGAAGUUGCAGUGCUAAUGCUUCCUUUGUCAAA